AUGCCCAACGCGCUGCACAUGUAUCCAUCAGCGGCGCUGCUGUUGUGGCUCUGGGGCACGGGCGUCGUGCUACAAGUCAUCGGCCUGCUCGUUUGGUGGGCGUAUCGCCACGAGCGAGCAGCCAGGUCAGGACGCGGUCGCCAGUAUCGGGCUCUACAGCAAGACUCAGACGACGCAAGUGACUGCGCAUCCACUGCCAGGGAUCGACGGACGUCGGACGACGUGCCCGAGCUCAGCACCAGACGCCACUCCACUGCGACGGUGGAAAGUGUCAAGGAAGCAGCUCAACUGGAUGCCAAGCCAGCGCGUGCAGGAGCUGAAGACGACGAAGACGACGACAACGACGACAACGACGGCGUUCACUUGUUCAGAUGGAGGCAACUCGCGCGACGCUCGGCGAUCGCAACGCUGCUAGUGGCUCUGGUGAAUGUCAUCACCACGACGAUUGUGCUCAAGCUGCGCACUGGGUCGUUCGUGGAGGAACCGUACGAUUGGUACUCGCUGGAGAACACAGGGAAGCGGUUGUUCGCGGCUACACACACACUGCCGGCCAAUAUCAUGGACACGUGCAAGUUCCGCGACGCUAUGGCUGACUACACGGAGUUCCAGACGCUGGAUGCAGUUGUCCAGAGGCAUGCAGAAUGGAAGAAGCCGCGAGACGACGCAAAAGCUCAGCGGACUGUCGUGCACGUGGUCCCCUUCGACUACGACCACGUGCUUGAGUUGAAUCCGGAUCAAAUGAUACCCAUCGUGGAACCACUACCUACGUCGUGGACGGCUUCCAGCUCUUCUGGUGACGGCGAUCGAGACGCAGCUACGGUUGUAACAUCGGGGUUUGUGAAGGCACGCCCUGUGGACAAGAUCACGCUGUUCCCGUACCUGUGGCAUGAUCUCCUAGGAUCGUACUUCGAUCCGCGAGUGGAGUCACCCCCUGGUAAACCCUGGACUCGCACAGUUGACACGCUGGAUUUGGAGUUCCGCAUGAUCCACAACGCUCACGAGCUGCGCAGUUUGCCGGCCAAGAGUAACCUCUUGGUUGCUGCGCAGUCGCUUGAUAGUGUUAACCGCGUGUUCGAGAGGGACGUUCUCCCGGUGGAGCCUCGUGUGGGUUUCCUCACGCUGGCGAGAGAGAACUGCAACAAUCCGAAACCCGAGCGCUUCUUGGAUAACGCAGCUAUCAAGUUUGGGUUGAUACCGUACGGCGACUGCGCUCUCGUGGACGGCAAGCGAUUUGCGUCCCUCCCGUUGGGGCCGAGUUUCGAGCAUGGCUUCCCCCUGAACGCGCACCACCUGAAUCCACCCCCACCUCUUGCUACUGGUAUCGGCCGCAAAUUCUUGCUUAACCUCAUGGUUAGCUGGACUGUGGAGAAGCCCACACGGGUGCAGGCCAUGAUGGCUGCUCUGCAAGUAUGCACAGACCUGGAGCGCGCAACGCGAGCAAACUCGCGACGCUGUGUUGUUGAGCACAACGAUAUGCUCUUCAAGGUCCUGCAAGCCGUGGAUAAGCGGCUGGGGACGGCGUGGCGCUGGUAUUUGUCUGCGGCACCUGCCGCCUACGUGUCAACACUCCAGCAGUCGGUGUUUACUAUCUGCCCGCUGGGCAAGAACCCGGAGCAGUACCGGAUCUGGGAGGCCUUGUCUUCUGGAUCGAUCCCUAUUGUGGAGGAGCUACCCGCACAGUGCCAACCCCCUGGAGUGUUCUUCCACCCAGCUUACCCGGACUCGUGGCGCUGCGUUCCUGAAGACGUCCACGGGGUCCUCCGCCGCUUGAACGCGCCCGUGCUGUUCGUGAACGACUGGAAGCGCGACCUCCCACGGCUCAUGAAUCGGUACUUCCGGAAGUUGAACAAGAAUGGAGAAGAGAUCUCACCCGACGCAGAACUGGAGUGGGGGGAGUGGACGCCGACAGAAGAGCUCUUGGCCUUGCAAGCACUCGCUCGGUCAUGGUACGUGGGGCUUAGCCUCCACCUGCAGUCAGACCUCAUCGACAAGGUCAUGACACAUUUUGGCCCACAGUAUUAG